GGGCGGGAGGGGCGGGGGGAGGGGGGCUGGGAAAGUUGAGGCCGUGCUGCCGCCGGGUCUCCGGCCUCGAGGGCUCGGGCUCGCUGCGGCGGCGGUGGCCGCGAGGAGAGGCGGCGGGGGCGGGGGGAGAGGAGGGCCCGGGCCCGCGCUCCCCCAGCCCCGCAGAAGCAGGCGGCGGCUGCGGACCCAGAGGCUCGCCUAGACGGCUAGACACCGCUGCCUUCCGCUCCUGGGACCAUGACCCAGGCGGGGGUCGCCGCCGCCGUGGCCCGGAGCGCGUCACCGGCGGUAAGAAGAAAACAUAACCUAUAGAGACCAUCUUCUGGCAGAAGAUGAUAGAUUUGAAUCAGAAAGAGGAGGCGUUGGAAGCCAGGAAUCUAAAGUGAAGAAACUGCAAGCGCCUGGGUGAGAAAGGAGACGGGUGUUUGUGAGCUGCUGGCUCGCUCCACAUUACAGCUCUCUGCUUGUCCACUGCAGGCGUCUCUAGGCCUAGGCAGCUUCACCAGUUGGAAGGAGAGGGAACAGAAACAGGCUGCUGAAAUUCCCGUCACUCUCACCAUGCCAGAGAUGACAGAGCAUGAGACGCCUACGAAAAAGCAGCACAGAAAGAAGAACCGAGAGACACACAAUGCAGUGGAGAGGCACAGAAAGAAGAAAAUCAAUGCUGGGAUAAACAGAAUAGGAGAACUGAUCCCAUGCUCCCCUGCUCUGAAGCAGAGCAAGAACAUGAUCCUGGACCAAGCCUUUAAGUACAUAACAGAACUGAAGCGGCAAAACGAUGAACUCCUGCUUAAUGGAGGGAGCAGUGAACAAGCUGAAGAAAUAAAAAAACUACGGAAACAACUAGAAGAAAUCCAAAAAGAAAAUGGCCGAUAUAUUGAAUUGUUGAAAGCAAAUGACAUAUGCUUAUAUGAUGACCCCACAAUCCACUGGAAAGGAAAUCUGAAAACCUCAAAGGUGUCUGUUGUUAUUCCAAGUGACCAGGUCCAGAAAAACAUCAUUGUUUAUUCCAACGGGAGCCAACCUGGGGGAAACAGCCAGGGGACAGCUGUCCAGGGGAUAACCUUUAAUGUUGGUCACGGCUUGCAAAAGCAAACCGCCAAUGUGGUGCCAGUGCAGAGGACCUGCAAGCUUGUGACUCCUGUGUCUAUUUCUGGAAUUUACCCUUCUGAAAACAAGCCGUGGCAUCAGACUACAGUGUCUGCACUGGCUGCCAACCAGUCUGUUCCCCUUUGUCUUCCCACUGCCAUUUCUGCUCAAAACAUUCUCGAACUUUCUACUUCUGAAAGCCAAUCAAGUGCACUCGGUGCCACUGGUGGCUCAGUAGUCACCACUUCAGUUGGCCCUGACCCUCACCAACAUCGUUCCUUGAAUACAUGCCUAAAUGAUCAAAAUGCUUCAGAAAAUAGCAACGUGCAGGAGAGCCCCAAAUCAUCAAAGAAAACAGUCUCGAGUGUCUCAGGCACCUCCUCCAGCAAUUCAGCAGCUGCCCCAGGGGUGCACCAUGAAACCAAGUCCAGCCUGGCCACACAGGGCUCCAGUGCAGACUCACAAAACACCCUUGUGUCAAUUACCACCCCAGUGUCCUCCCAGCCUCCCAGAUCUACAGGUAGCUCUUCUCCAGUGAGUGUUAGCAAGACUGUGGACCCAACCAAUACAGCAGCAGCAGUGGUACCAGCUCACACUGCAGUGUCGAAGAGUGCCCUCCCAGUGAGCAGUCUUUCUGCAACUCCUUUGGAAGGUGGUUGGACUCUUUCUUGUUCUCUGCCUUCCUCAAGUGUCAGUGCUUCAGAAUUAAAAAACAUCAACAGUCUUACCCGAAUCUCUUCAGCCGGAAACACACAGACAACAUGGACUACAUUGCACCUGGCCGGAAACACUAUCCAGCCUUUAAGCCAGCCACCAUCUUCUGCUUCGACUCCAGCAUUAAACGAGUGUGGUACCAGCCCUACCCCAAGCAACCACAAGCAUAUGGCUACAGGGAUCACCUUCAACAAUUCUCCUCCAACAGAUGGGCAGCCAGUUGAGCAGAUAGUGGUAACUUUGCCUUCGUGCCCACCCUUACCUAUGCAACCACUAAUUGCUCAACCACAAGUUAAAUCUCAGCCUCCAAAAAAUAUCCUUCCCCUGAAUUCGGCAAUGCAAGUGAUUCAGAUGGCUCAACCUGUUGGGUCAGGUGUCACUGCAGCUCCAGCUAACCAAAAUGUCAUCAUUCUUCAGCCACCCAGCACAACCCCAUGCCCAGCAAUGAUGAGGGCAGAGGUUUCCAACCAAGCAGUAGGUCAACAGAUUGUCAUCAUACAGGCGGCUAAUCAGAACCCAUUGCCACUCCUCUCUGCUCCCCAUCCUGGUCCUGUUCGACUCCCUGUCAAUGGAGCCAGUGCUAUAAUAGGGUCUCAUAAUUCAGUGCAAAAUGUGCCAGCCCCACAGACUUUUGGAGGAAAGCAUCUUGUCCAUAUAUUACCAAGACCUUCAUCUCUGUCCACAUCUAACUCAGCACAGACUUUUUCUGUUACCAUGUCAAACCAACAGCAGCCCCAAACCAUUUCUUUAAAUGGACAGCUCUUUGCUUUGCAGCCUGUGAUGUCCUCAUCAGGAACUACAAAUCAAAGCCCUAUGCAAAUCAUUCAACCCACCACCAGCGAAGAUCCAAAUACCAAUGUUGCCCUGAACACAUUUGGGGCUUUGGCCAGCCUCAAUCAAAGCAUAUCACAGAUGGCUGGACAAAGCUGUGUACAGUUGUCUAUUAGCCAGUCUGCUAAUCCUCAAACUUCUGCAAACAGUCAAACUAGCCCCACUAACUGUGUUUCACUAACAACUGUAGCACCUACCAUGACAGCAGAAAAUUCAGCCACGCAGUCCACUACUUAUAGCCUUGCAACAGCUUCCUCAACAAACACCGUCACUUGUUUGCCCUCUACCAUGAAAUCAAAAAGGCUGAGCAAGAAGCCAAGUGCCAAGAAACACUUAGCAGCUAACAAACCAGCAUGUCCCCUGAAUUCAGUCAGAGAUGUGGGCAAGAUGGAUGGCCCCGGAAUGGACAGCUCAGCAGAGCCAUCAUGUAGUGAUGGACUGCUGAACGGCCUCCCUGUUGGCCUGUCAUCUGUGACUGUGUCCCAGGCAAAGAGUGUUAGUAUUUCUGCUUCACAUUCUUUGGACAUUCUGAAUUCUGAAUCAGUGAUCCCUGAGUCUGAUUCCAAAUCUAAAUCGGCAGAAGACUGUAGCUCAUCCUCCCGAGAAUCUGAAGCAAAUGAACAACUUGCAUUGGCCACAGCGAAAUCCAAAGAUUCUACUCCCAUUUUGCAAGAGUCAUCUCAGGGUACACCACCAUGCUCUGUAGCUCUGCCCAAUGCUACGAAAUCCUGUGCUUCAGCCAAUGUGUUGACUCCAUCUCCUACCGAAUCCGAGAGUUUGGUUUCUCAGGUUUCUGGUAUGCCAUCCACUACAAGCACUUCAAACACUGUCUGUAUCUCUGAGGUAGAAAUUGUGGCAGAACCUUGCCCGGUUCAGCAGGAGUCAUUGGACACCAUGCAAGCAGCAGGGCCUUUAAAGGGGCAAGGACUAACUAUGUUGCUGUCUGAUCUUGCUAAAGAAAAGGACCUUCAGAGAACAUCUCUCCCAGUCCAGAUGGACCAUCCUGACUUUUCUCCAGAAAGUUCUAAGAUAGGUGAUCCUAAUGUUGAUUUGCAUCCCAAGCAGGAACUACUACUGACGAGUGACGAUAGAGAUCUGCCACAGCCCCACUCCUGUCUCCCUGAUCAGGAGGUUAUUCAUGGCUCUUUGCUCACCAGUAGGCAGGCUGACUCUCCUAUGUCAACCAGCUCUGGCAGUAGUCGUAGUUUCUCGGUUGCCUCCAUGCUUCCCGAAACAGCUCGAGAAGAUGUGACCAGCAGUACAACUAACACAUGUGACAGUUGCACCUUUGCAGAGCAAACUGACAUUGUGGCCCUUGCUGCAAGAGCUAUUUUAGACCAGGAGAGCAUUGAGAAGGGAAGGCUUGGCACACAGGCUGAUCUGAAGGAUGUUACUCCAAAGCCUUCUGAAACCUCUUUAGAGGGAGACCAGCCCUUUAAACCACAGAUCCACAAGGAGACUUGCACGGGACAGGCAGAUCCAACACCAAAUGAAUUUAACUCUCAGGAUUCAGUGGAAGUGACAGUUGAUAGGCCUCUUGAAAAGCCAAGCUGUUCUCUGGGAAUUAAAGCAUCAAAUCCCCCAUUACAGGUGUCAGCCUCUCAGCCACCGAGUCUCACCCAUCAGAACAGCAUCAGCCGUCCUCUGGUCAGCUGUGCGGGUCUAUCUCAGAGCUCAGAUCAAACUGCUAUUCCUGUGACUGUUAAUAUGACUGUUGCAUCCAGUGCUUAUGGCAGCCAGCCUCCUGUGCCACCUCUAAUGACAGAAUAUUCCCAGGAACAGCUGAACAGCAUGGCUAACUCCAUACCAAAUCCACAGGUUCAAGAACCGCUUUCAAAGCCUAGUCAUGAAAGUCGUAAAGAUUCUGCAAAGCGCACUGUACAAGAUGAUCUUUUACUGUCUUCGGCCAAACGUCAAAAGCAUUGUCAGCCAGCCCCUCUCAGACUUGAAAGUGUGCCCCUCAUGAGUCGGACUCCAGACAACAUUCCUGAUCAAACUCAAAUGAUGGCGAGUCAGAUCACGCCCAACUCCUCAAACUCAGUUGUUCCUGUUAGCAACCCAGCACAUGGAGAUGGCCUUACACGGUUAUUCCCAGCUGGUAACAACUUUGCGGCUCCUGUACUGAGGCAGGCAGAUGUUCAGUGUAACCCUCAGCCUUCCGUUGCUGAGCAGCCGCAGCAAACCCAGGCAGGCCAACAUCUGCAGGCACUGCAGCAGCAUGUACCCCCUCAAGGCGUGUCUCACCUUCACACCAACCAUCUGUACCUCAAGCAGCAGCAGCAGCAGCAGCAAGCAGGGCAGCUAAGGGAGAGGCAUCACUUGUAUCAGCUGCAGCAUCAUGUGCCUCAUGCAGAUAAUGCUGUCCACUCCCAGCCCCAUAUCGUGCACCAACAGAGAACUCUACAGCAGGAAGUUCAGAUGCAGAAGAAAAGGAAUCUUGUUCAGGGCACUCCCACAUCUCAGCUAUCCUUACAACCCAAACACCAUGGGACUGACCAGUCGAGACCCAAGAGCAGCCAACCACAUCCUCACCAUCAACAGAUGCAGCAACAGCUACAACAACACUUUGCUAGUUCCCAGCCAGAGAAGAGCUGCGAAAACCCUUCAAGUAGCCGGGGCCACCACAGCCAUCCCCAGAACCAUCUCAAUCAGGACGUUCUACACCAGCAACAGGAUGUUGGGAGCAGACAGCAGGGUUCAGCGGUUUCUUCUGAUCAUGUAUCUGGGCAUAAUCCAAUGCAGAGGCUUUUACCAUCAAGAGGCUUAGAGCAGCAAAUGGUGUCCCAACCAAGUAUUGUGACUAGGUCUUCAGACAUGACCUGUGCUCCACACAGGCCAGAGAGAAACCGAGUGUCAAGUUACUCUGCUGAAGCACUCAUUGGAAAGUCAUCUUCUACUUCAGAACAGAGACUGGGCAUAUCAAUUCAGGGUUCUAGGGUUUCAGAUCAGCUUGAGAUGAGAAGCUAUCUUGAUGUUCCCAGAAAUAAGAGCUUGGCACUUCAUAAUAUGCAGGGUCGCAUGGAUCAUACUGUCACCUCAGAUAUCCGCCUUUCUGAUUGUCAGACAUUCAAACCAGGGGCAGCCAGCCAACAGCCCCAGAGUAAUUUUGAAGUACAAUCUUCAAGAAACAAUGAAAUAGGUAACCCUGCACCAUCACUGAGGGGUAUGCAGUCCCAGGCUUUUCGAAUUAGUCAAAACACUGGCCCACCACCAAUAGACCGACAAAAGAGAUUAUCUUAUCCGCCAGUUCAGAGCAUCCCAACAGGAAAUGCUGUCCCACCAAGGGAUAGUGAGAACACAUGUCACCAGAGUUUCAUGCAGAGUCUGCUUGCUCCUCACCUUGGCGAUCAGGUCAUUGGGAGUCAAAGGUCACUCUCAGAACAUCCAAGGAAUACACAAUGUGGUCCGUCUUCAACAAUUGAGUAUAAUUGUCCUCCAGCUCGUGAAAGUGUUCAUAUUAGAAGAGAGAGUGAAAGUCAGAAUAGGGAGAGUUGUGACAUGUCUUUAGGUGCAAUUAACCCCAGGAACAGCACUUUGAAUAUUCCUUUCUCCAGUUCUUCUUCCUCAGGGGAUAUUCAAGGUCGAAACACAAGUCCCAAUGUUUCCGUACAGAAGUCCAAUCCCAUGAGGAUUACUGACAGUCAUGGGGCCAAGGGCCACAUGAACCCUCCUGUCACAUCCAACAUGCAUGGGGUUGCAAGGCCAACUUUGCCACACCCAUCUGUGUCUCAUGGGAAUGCUGACCAAGGGCCUCCUGUGCGUCAGGCUAACUCCUCAGUUGCCCAGAGAUCAAGACAUCCCCUGCAGGAUAGCAGUGGUUCUAAAAUCCGCCAGCCUGAAAGGAAUCGUUCUGGAAAUCAAAGGCACAGUAAUGUCUUUGAUCCAAGUCUUCCUCAUCUUCCUCUCUCCACUAGUGGCAGUAUGAUUCUUGGACGGCAACAGCCUGCUGCAGAGAAGAGAGGAAGUAUUGUCCGCUUCAUGCCUGACAGUCCACAAGUACCUAAUGAUAAUUCAGGUCCUGACCAGCAUUCACUGUCACAAAACUUUGGUUUUCCUUUUAUUCCUGAGGGUGGCAUGAAUCCACCAAUAAAUGCUAAUACUUCCUUCAUUCCACAGGUGACUCAGCCUAGUGCCACCCGAGCUCCAGCUCUCAUCCCAGUAGAUCCCCAGAACACUCUCCCCUCCUUCUACCCACCCUACUCUCCUGCUCAUCCCACUCUGUCCAAUGACAUCUCAAUCCCUUAUUUUUCUAAUCAAAUGUUCUCCAAUCCUAGCACAGAGAAAGUGAACAGUGGAAGUCUAAACAACCGAUUUGGAUCCAUUUUAUCUCCUCCCAGACCUGUUGGCUUUGCUCAGCCAAGUUUCCCUCUUCUCCCCGAGAUGCCGCCAAUGCACAUGGCCAACUCUCACCUAUCCAAUUUUAAUAUGACGUCAUUGUUUCCGGAAAUAGCGGCUCUUCCCGAUGGCUCAGCAAUGUCACCUUUGCUUACCAUAGCAAACUCCUCUGCUUCUGACUCUUCCAAGCAGUCCUCAAACAGACCUGCUCACAACAUAAGCCAUAUUUUAGGUCAUGAUUGCAGCUCAGCUGUUUAAAUCCAGAGAAACUAACUGUAGUGGUUUGGGUUGAAAUGACAACUGUUCUUCUGUAUACAGAUGUGCAUUGAGAGAGCUUAUGUGGAUAUGUGUCUUUGUAUUGGAUAACCGUUUUUCCAUUAGCUUCUGUCUACAAGGAAGCCAUGUCAGAGAGGAUGCAUACACUGGGGUUGUCAAAACAAUCAUCUUUUAUUUCUGAGUGAUGUGCUUUCUUUAAUCUUCUAAGUGACUUACCUUUCCAAGCUUGAUUUGUAAUCUUUUAUUCCCUAAGUACUAAUCAGCCAGAAGGCGAAGAGAUCUUGGCACAUGCUGGGUGGGAGGGGGAACUGAGAUUCUGAACUCAGUUGUUGAGAAGUUGUAAACUGAAUAGUUGAGAUGGUCGAGAUGGUUAAGUUGCAAAUCCAAAAGUAAAAGCAACUUGAAAGAAAUCAUGAUUCGUCAUAGGUGCUUGUCGAUGUCAACAUCUAACAGUUCUGAACCAUGGCAAGUAAUGAAUUGAUAAUGAGUUGAAUUCCCAUAAGUAAAAAUAUCAGGCAGAUAGAAAAUAAAUGAAGUGUUUGAUCAUUCCUGAGCUUUGAUACAGAGACUUCUUUCUUAAUUAUAAUUUUUUUAAUAAACUCCCUAAAUUUCAUGUCUUGUUCUUCAAGGUAGGAGCCACAUUCUCCUUUAAUGUGCCAAGAUUCUGUAAAGUAAGUCUUCCUUAGACAAUGAGCCUUAAAAAUACAAAGCUAAGACAAUACAGAAACGCUUUCCACUUAGUACUUGGGUUUUGCAUCAGGCCAAAGAAUAACAGCAGUUGUCUGUGGUUUUCCUGGUGUCGGUUAGCAACUAGUACUUCACUAGUUGAAUUGAUUUUGUAUUCUCUCUUCAUUCUAUUUAUUUGGUCUUAAAAUACAUUAAUUUACAAUCACUUAAAUGUUAGAACUGUUCAGAAAAUAUUGUGUUUAGAAGACACUUUGAGCCUUUCAGAUACUUCAGAGUAGAGUUUUAAGCUGUCUUUUUAUUUGCUGAUUAUUUAUAUUAAAUAUGGCAUUGUAAAUUACAUUAUUGUCCUUCAUAACAAUUAUAAUAAGAAAAUGAAUUAUUUUUCUUGUAGGUAUGAAAUGGUGCUUCACAAAAAUACAUUCAUUAUGUGUAUGUCUGUUCAUGAGUGAGAGUGGGUGUGGAAAUGGGUUUUCAAGUAGAGCCUGGUCCUCACUGUUGGGGAUGUAUAUCAUAUAUGCAUAUUUAUUUAUCAUGCUGCACGUGAUAAAUAGAUAUCUUGUCUCCAUUGGAAAUGAACAAGUUGAAAAUGACUGGAGAACUGCUGUCUGCAAGUGGGCAGUUGAGGCUUGCUCUAAAGCACAGGUUCUCAGUCCUAACGCUGUCACCCUUUAACCGGUUCCUCAUGUUCUAAUGACUCCCAGCCAUAAACUUAGUUUCAUUGCUACUUCAUAGCUGUAAUUUUGCUACUGUUACAAAUUGUAAUGUCAAUAUGUGGUUUCUGAUGGUCUUAGGUGACCCCUAUGACAGAGUCAUUUGACCCCCCAAAUGGGUCACAACCCACAGGUAGAGAGCCCUUGUUCUAAAGCAUAGGAAAACAGUGUAGAUUUUUUUAUUCUCUCAAACGUUACAUCCCAACUGCAGUUCUCAGCCCCACCCACCUUCCCUCUCCCCCAAAUUCAGUCCUCUACCAUCCCCCCUCCCCAAAAAGCAGGCUACCCAGGGACAUCAACUGAACACAGCGUGAUAAGUCACAAGACCAGGCACAGCCGCUCAUAUCCAGGCCGGACAAGGCAACCCAAUAGGAGGAAAAGGGUCCUACUGUAGACAUCUUGAACCCCAAUGAAUUAGUAAUGAAUUUGAAAACAUAUGUUGAGUCUUGAGAAGUUAAAGCUAAGAAGAAGUUGUAUGUACUGAAUUUUUAAAAACUCUUAAAGCGUUAACUUUCAAUUGUUGCUACACUCUGUUAAAUAGUGUAGAAUAGAGGGAAAGGCACACAGAAUGGGCCCGUUGGCUCCGAGGAAGCCCAAGGACCAGCAGAGGUUUAGUGUGGAAGGUUUUGUUUGCUUGUUUUUUUUUUUUUUGUUUUGUUUUGUUUUUUAGUUUUGGUUUGCUAAGGAAGCCACCCAGGGCCUGAUCAGAGCAGUUACCACUAAAUGCCUUUCUAAAGACUCAGCAAAAGGGUCACUUAUGCCUGGUCACGUGUUUCACCAUCCCACUCUGCGUCUGCUGCCCUUGAAAAUCACCCCUCCUGGUGAGCAAGGCAAACCUGUGUUUCUUUCCUGCAUACUAUUCUUGCGGGGAGAAGAGGACUUCACAGUGCAAUACUUGACUCGUGAACAGCACAAUAGGAAAUGGACUGAGGGAAAGAGAACAUUUAUCAAUUGCAUUCGGGCACGCAUAGUCAUCAUUUUCUUUGCUCUUGACAGGUCCAAUCUGCCAGCUUCACUAAGGGUAGUGUUCUGUAUAGCCAGUCAUUCCUGUCCCACCUUCUCUUGGUGGCUGUCUGCCUUUCACAUAGGUAUCCUCACAUCAUGGUGGCUCUUGAGUGCUGAAGGACAGACUCGCUCAGUUUGAACUAAGGUAACAUGACAUGGACAAAGCUCAGGUUUGCACUGUGUUUCUGAGACAGGGAUCUUGCCGUGUUGUCCAGACUGGCCUGGCCUCGGCCUCCUAGGUAGCCGGGAAAGAGCGCAUUCUGCCACUCUGCUGAGAGGCGCCACUCGAGAUUGCAGCAUAAAGGUCCUAAAGCCCAUUGCUACUUUGGGAAUUUUGUUUGGUUGACAGCUCAGCUCUGCGCCAGAGCUUUAAUGGUGAGAAUACUGCACUGUGAUGCUGUCUGGCUUUCAGCUUUUUGUGACCAUCUGGAGAGAGACGUAAAGGUCUGUAGAUAAUUGGGCUCCUGCUCACAUGUGGCUCUAAAUAAAGAUACUGUAGAUUUGUGUGUUAGAGAUCAUUUCAUACAUGGGCUCAGAUGAGAAAGAGUUCUCACUGUGCUCCUGCCUGGUUUGAAAGUCUGGGUACCUAUUAGUGUGUCGAUUACUAAAGCUACAUGAUUUGGGGAGGAAACAUAAAUGGUCUCUGUUAAUCUCUAAAUAAAACCAAAUACCAAAAGAUAAGUGUAACACUUAUCUUUCCACUUAUUUCUGUCAAAAUAAUGGCAGAGAUGCAGUAGGUUCGGUUGUUAAGUUUCAAGUUGUCCUCAGCUUGUCAGCAUGACUCUAAACUGUCUCCACAGAUAGCUUUGUAAUUUCUGGAAACACACAAAAUCAUGUCUAUUUUCUAAGUGGGAGUCCUUGAUCGAUCCUUUUGUUCUAACUAUUGAUCGCAUAGAAUCAGUGAAAGUGCUCCGCUCCUCUCAGUCCUCCUCUUAGAGCUCCACAGGAAGUUCUAAAGGAGUGAAGAUGUUUAGAUUUCUCUAUGCAAACUUCUUCAAUGAGUUUGUUAAUAAGUUGAUCACACAUGAAGUAAAUCCAUUUUAAUGUUUUAGUAGACAUUGGGUUUGUACAAGUCUUUUAUUUAUUCAGAUGUUAUAGGUUUAAUUUUACUAGAAUGACUCUGAAAUGCCAGAUGUCACUUCCUUUCUGAGGGGAGGGCAGGAUUUUCACCGUGGUGUGAUUGUGCAAGUCUGAGGGGUCGACCUGUGGGUUGAGAGGCAGAGGUGUCUGUGGCAGUCACAGACACAGGUCGGAAGUCUGCAGAACUGCAGUGCGGGGCAGUCACUUAAAUCAGCCUUUUAAAAGCACACAGUUGUUUAAGCAUUUUAUAGGGCUUCCUUUGCCUUGUUCUUGCCUUCUAGUAUUAGCCAUCUCAGAGAGAGGCUAAAACUUACACUCCAAAGAAGAUGUAGAACCAUGUUCUAGUGGAAACAUCUAAAAGGUCAACAAAGGGUUGAGUCUUGCCUCUGCGUUUCUUCUUGGCUUCGCUUCCCUUCACACAGGGAAGUAGGAGGCUCAUAGACUCCUUUAGCUGUUCCUCAUCAAAUGGAUGGCAGGCAGCCUGACCAAGUCCCUGGGAUAGGGUCCUCCCCGCAUUAGACUGUGAUGGGCCAUCCUGUUAGGUAGGUGUGUAGUAUUGGGGCCCAGGUUUAUUUCUUGGCAACCCCUGUGCCUCUUUCUUAAAGGGCAACAAUUCCUCAAAAUGCUCUUAGUUUAGUUGUUAAUAGUUAAGCUUGAUUUAAGAGAUUUUUGUAUGUGAGAAUAACUACAUUCCUUGGCUUGGUGGAUUUUUUUCCCUCUGGUAGAAGGAAAGGUAAAGGUGGUACCAAAAUGGAAUAGCCUUCAGUUCACAUCCUCAGACACCUGAGAGUCACGGCAGGCCUGUCAUGUGGAUGCCGACUACCUGGAGGAAGUAUGCUUGUGGCUGUUACAUAUGGAGGGCAGCAAUUAGCAAAUGACCAGAGACACUAGUGUGGAGUUAAUCUGCUGAUUUUGCAAUGUGUAUAUGCAAAUUAGUUUUUUUAGAGAUUCCCGAAUGUUAGCAUUUUGUUUUCCUUCCCCAAAGUUCUACCAAAAAGCAAGGUUUUGUGUUUGUUUUGUUUGUUUACCUGUUUUUUUGCUUAACUGUGCUCUGAAUUCUCCUGUACUGAAGUCUAAACUGUUUUUAGUAGCUCCUGUGGGGUUCACCACACUCGGAUGGACUCAGUCCAGACAGACUGGGAGACCACACCUAGGGCCUUGGGCUCAGAGCUUCUGGUUCUGAUGAUGACAUGCCUCUGCGCUGGUCCUGCACUCUACGUGAAACUGUGCCUCUGAUCCUGAGACUAGAUCCCAGAACACACCGUCCGGCCAGCCCUGUGUUGCGGGGAAGGCACUCCAGGGAUGGUGCAUGCUGAGUAGUCGAACACUUCACAGGCGACAAGUACAGCUGAUGCUUCUCACUCUUGCCUUAGCACCCCUGAGCCACCGUUGACAGUCACUGGCGAGUUGUGUAGCUGAGCCUGUAAACACAGCUUGUGUGGCAGGCAGUCAUUUCUACAUUUGCAUAAACUCUACAUGGUAACCUUUCCUUUGGGCACAGAUCUGCUGUCAGGUGCUUCAUAAAUACAAGUGAACUUAGGCUGAGAAGAUUGGGCAGGUUCUUUUGGAUGAGUGCAUAACCCACCAAUAGAUUCCAUGAGACAUGGAUAAACCUCUCUUGUAGCACACUAUUUAAAAAAGUAACUUUCUGGGCCCAGUUGUGUGUACUGCUGUACACGCAAUAUCUAAUAGGAAAUUAAAGUUCGGCCUGUUUAACUUUGUCUUCACGUUUUCUGAGACCUCUGCCCUCCUGCUCCUGAAGUCUUAAAGUCAUUUUCAUCUGCAGGGUCUCUGAGCACAGGCCUUGACUAUAGUGAUGAACGUGUGGGGUGUUGAACUGUUUAUCUUCCAAGGAGGGACCAGACCAGUGUGACUUAAGAUGCUGCAGUUGUGUUACUGUGAAGGAAACUUCCACUUUCAGCAAGCUCUGUGUGUGUGUGUGUGUGUGUGUGUGUGUGUGUGUGUGUGUGUGUUCAUUUUGGCUUUUUAAAAAUGUUGAAAAUUGAGGAGAACAUGAUUUCCUUCACAAAUUAUUUAUAGAUACACUGGGCAUGAUGCUUACUGUAGGCAAGCACCAGGGAAGCAUGAGUUCAGUGCUUCGUCGUGUAAUAUGUUGUCUAUGACCCAGCCAGCAUUCUGCUGGGCACUGUGUCCGAUAACUGUAAACCACCUGGUUUAUAAUGCUAGUGGGAACCGAUUUGUUUUAUAACGGAAUACAGAGCAGACAUAUAACAGGAUCAGGAUUAUCCCACGCUUGUAAAUAAGAAUGGGGCCUGUUUAUUUUGACAUCUUUUUACAAAUGCAUUGUAUUAGGAUGUGAAUAUUCCAAAACACGCUCUUGUUUAAAGUUUUGAAAUUUUUAUUGUUAAAUGUAACAUUUUGAUGGUUGUAAUAAUUAUUUGUAUAGAUAUGAAUAUAGUAUUUUAUUUAAGAAAAUAAACUUUGCAAUUUUUGCAUUGUGAA